AGCCCCGCCCUUCAUUCCACUCAUGUUAAAUACCAAACGUGAAUAUUUACAGAUACAUUUUCAGCCACAGCUUCAGCCGUGAGACAAGAACUGGUCACAGCCCUGCAAUGGACGGAGACGUAGGCCAACCCAGGAGCUGCUCCCCCACUCAGAGGAGAAGCUGGAGGAGCGCGGCCAGUGGACUAACAAGGUAGAAUUCAUCUUGUCUGUGGCCGGGUCCAUCAUCGGGCUGGGAAACAUGUGGCGCUUCCCGUACCUUUGCUACAAGAAUGGAGGAGGUGCUUUCCUCAUCCCCUACCUGAUCUUCCUCUUCACCUGUGGCAUUCCUGUCUUCUUCCUGGAGGUUUCCCUGGGACAGUACACCAGUCAGGGAGGCAUUACCUGCUGGAGAAAAAUCAGUCCCUUAUUUGAAGGUCUUGGCUAUGGAACGCAGGUGAUAGUCACGCUGUUGAACUUCUAUUACAUCAUUGUUCUGGCCUGGGGGAUUUUCUACCUGUCUUAUUCCUUUUCCUGGGUCCUGCCCUGGUCUUCCUGCAACAACUCAUGGAACACCGCAAAUUGUGUUGAGUUUCACAGGACAAAACACCUCAGGGACCACCAAGCCAUCCACCUAAAUGUCACGUCUCCUAUCAUAGAGUUCUGGGAGAGAAGAGCACUGAGGAUCUCACCAGGCAUUGACCACAUGGGUUCACUGAACUGGGACCUGGCCAUCUGUCUGUUCAUUGCCUGGGUCAUGUGCUAUUUCUGCAUCUGGAAGGUGAAAUCCACAGGAAAGGUGGUCUACUUCACUGCCAUUCCCUAUGUGAUGCUGGUUGUGCUGUUGGUCCGAGGUCUCACUCUGCCUGGUGCAGGGAUUGGGGUCCAGUUCUACCUUUACCCUGACCUUGGUCGACUGUCAGACCCACAGGUGUGGAUGGAUGCUGGUACGCAGAUCUUCUUCUCCUAUGCCAUCUGUUUAGGAUCACUGACCGCUCUGGGCAGCUACAACAAAUAUAACAAUAACUGCUACAGAGACUGCCUGGCACUGUGCUGUCUGAACAGUGGCACCAGUUUUGUGGCAGGUUUUGCAAUAUUCUCCAUCCUUGGAUUCAUGUCUUAUGAGCAGAACGUUCCCAUCUCAGAAGUGGCCGAAUCUGGACCCGGUCUUGCGUUCAUCGCUUACCCUCGUGCUGUGAGCAUGAUGCCCUUCUCUCCUGUGUGGUCUGCCCUCUUCUUCAUCAUGAUUGUUUUUCUGGGGCUGGACAGCCAGUUUGUGUGUGUAGAGAGCCUCAUCACAGCGAUCGUCGACAUGUAUCCUGCAGUGUUCCGGCGAAAAAACCGCAGGGAGCUGUUUCUCUUAGCAGUGGUCCUCCUGUCAUACCUCAUGGGCCUCAUCAUGCUGAUGGAGGGAGGCAUGUAUGUUUUCCAGCUCUUUGAUUACUAUUCAGCCAGCGGCAUGUGUCUUCUCUUCAUGUCCAUCUUUGAGACUGUCUGCAUCGCAUGGGUCUACGGUGUCAGUCGCUUCUAUGAUAACAUCGAAGACAUGAUUGGCUACCGCCCAGGACCUUACAUCAAGUAUUGCUGGUUGUUCGUCACCCCAGCCACAUGCAUCGGUACCUUUGCCUUCUCUCUCAUCAAGUACACACCUCUAAAGUACAACAAUGAGUAUGUGUACCCAUGGUGGGGUUAUGUAAUUGGUUGGUUGUUGGCGCUUUCUUCCAUGGUCUGCAUCCCUCUUUGGAUGGUUUACAAACUCAACACCACCCAAGGGACACUGAGAGAGCGUAUCCAGCUGCUCAUCACACCUGAUGACAGUUUACCCAAAACCAAGAAGGAGCAGGACAGGUUACUGGUUAUCUUUGCUCCUGAAGAAGAGGCCACCAUGACCAAAAAUGGCUACUUUCCCAUGUCAGAGAAAGAUUCUGACUUAUGAGGCCCCAACGAAGGGUUUAUGGGUAACAAAUGUGGGUUUUGGCUCCACUUCAAAAGCCCAUCCUUGGCUUGUUACAGCUUUGCCUCCAUCCCAAAGAUCACAUCAGUGAACAGAGGCUACCAACCGAACACAUUGUCGACAAAGUGGUUAGUUUGUUUGAUUUCAAAUUUUUCAAGAAUGUCAGUAUUGGUUUGUCAGUUUUUUUUCCCCACAUGGCUUUUUGUUGUUUUGAACAACAAAAACCAUUUACUCAUUUCAAA